CUCCAACAGGCGAUGUGCAAGAUCUACUACUUCACCGAGAGCUUCAGCAUAUGCGUGUCGGUGCUGCUCCUGGCGGUGAUAGCUAUGGAGCGCUACAUUGCUGUCAUGCACCCACUGAAGGCGCGGGGCCUCUUCACAACAUGUCGAAUGCACAUAGCUCAGGUUCAGGUUCAAUUCGUGUGA